CCGGAAAACGGAGAAUCUCUUUAGUGAAGGUAUUAUAAUAAUAAAAAAAAUUCAAACCGCCUCUCUCUCUUAAAUACCGUUGCAAAUGUCUCGGCUCAGUGGAUAAAACUGAGAAAAGCCAAGACAAGAAGAUUCUCUCUCUCUCUCGCUUUUCAAGUAGGAUAAAAUGCCAGAGAUUCAGUUGGGAGCUCACACCAUAAAAUCUCAUGGAGUAAAAGUGGCAAGGGUGCAUAUGCACGACUGGCUUAUACUCCUACUUCUGGGUGUGAUAGAGGUCAUAUUGAAUGUUAUAGAGCCAUUCUACCGCUUUGUGGGGAAAGAUAUGAUGGCAGACCUGAAGUACCCAUUGCAAAGCAAUACAGUGCCGAUUUGGGCUGUUCCGAUUAUCGCAGUCUUGUUGCCUUUAGCAAUCUUUAUUGUGUACUACAUCAUCAGAAGGGAUGUAUAUGAUUUGCACCAUGCCAUAUUGGGCCUUCUAUUUUCUGUACUGAUAACUGGGGUGAUGACUGAUGCGAUCAAGGAUGCUGUUGGUCGUCCUCGACCGGAUUUCUUUUGGCGCUGUUUCCCUGAUGGAAAGGCGGAUUACGAUCCAGUCACAGGGAAUGUUAUUUGCCAUGGCGUGAAAAGUGUGAUUAAAGAAGGGCACAAAAGUUUUCCAAGCGGGCAUACUUCAUGGUGCUUCGCAGGUUUAGGUUUUUUGGCAUGGUAUCUUUCGGGGAAAGUCAGAGUGUUUGAUCGUAGGGGUCAUGUUGCAAAACUUUGCAUUGUAUUUCUUCCCCUACUUUGUGCAGCUCUUGUAGGAAUUUCCCGUGUGGACGACUAUUGGCAUCAUUGGCAAGAUGUAUUUGCUGGAGGACUUUUAGGGCUAACAGUAGCCUCAUUUUGUUAUUUGCAAUUCUUCCCACCCCCGUAUGAUAUCGAUGGUUGGGGACCUCAUGCAUAUUUCGAGAUGUUGGCAGAGUCGCGCAACGGCAUCCAAGGAUCUGCGAAUGCGAAUUGUCUUAGCGUGCAGUCAGGGGAGAUUGAGAGUGUCUACAUGGCUUCAGGACAUGGUACAGCGACGGCAGAAAUCAACAUCAGAGAGAGCAGCCCGAUUCUGGACGCGCUUGAAUCUGGGAGGAGACGCUACUGAUUCCAUGUUUGAAUAUAGGGAAAGCAUGGUCAGCCCUGGAACUUAAUCGACCUUUUGAUGUACAAAUUUCUUUUUUGAAUCAAUGCAUUUAGACCUGAAAAUUUGCAUGCGUCUUACCAUUGUUCAGUAUUCUUUCAUUGGAUCAUUUAGUAGUUUACAUGGAUAGGAUUCACAUGCACUGUUACUCAAAAUGCUACUUAUAGAUGUGACAUUUCGUAUGAUUUAAUUCUCGACGUAACGAACAGAUGUGACAUUUCAUA